AGUGGACUGCACCAACGCUAGUCGAGUUGUUUUGGAGAUUAAAUACUGUUAGGCUGCGGUUGUUAACAAAGCUGUAUGCGCAGUUUUGGCUAUCGUCGUGGGUUUGUGUGGAUUCAAAUAAUUUACAGCUUUUUUUAAACCUUUUGAUAGCGUCGUCAUCUAUCACCCUGUCCAGGAUGCCCAAGGAUUCAGAUGAGUCUAGGAAGGGGGAAAAGGAUUCAAAAGAGGAGAUGACAGAGGAAACAUCAGAGAUGGUGAGGAGGAGAGUACGAGUAGAAACUCCUAGCCCACACAGAGGAGCUACUGCUCAAGCCAGUCCUCCUAGGUUUGUCUCCAUUGAGGAGCUCAUGGAAACAGCAAAAGGGGUCACUAACAUGGCAUUGGCUCAUGAGAUUGUUGUGAACCAGGUUUUCCAAGUGAAGCCCACAGAACUUCCAGAAGAAAGUUUAGAACGCAGAGUCAAGGAGAUUAUGCGCAAGGCAUUCUGGGAUUGUUUGGAAUCACAGCUAAAUCAGGAUCCACCUUCAUAUGACCAUGCUAUUAAAUUACUGUCUGAGAUUAAAGAGACUCUCUUGACUUUAUUGCUGCCUGGUCAUGGUCGUCUGCGCUCUCGCAUCGACGAAGUUCUGGACCUUCCCCUGAUCCAGCAGCAGGCUGAGAAAGGAGCACUUGACAUUGGACAACUGUCCCAGUUCAUUGUUGGAAUGAUGGGUUCUCUGUGCGCUCCUUGUAGAGAUGAAGAUAUCAAUAAGCUAAAGGAGAUCACAGAUAUAGUGCCUCUGUUAAAAUCGAUAUUCACUGUGUUGGACCUCAUGAAGAUGGACAUGGCUAACUUCGCUGUAAGCAGCAUCAGACCUCAUCUGAUGCAGCAGUCAGUGGAGUAUGAAAGGACUAAGUUCCAGGAGUUUCUUGAAAAACAACCCAAUGCCUUAGAUUACACUGAGAAGUGGUUAAAGGACACAGUUAAUGCUAUGAGAGAGUCAGAAGUGUGUUGUGCCUCAUCUGAUCCGCCAUCUCUUCUUCCACUGCAUAUUCAUAAUCAGGCCUAUCUACGGCUACUCAGAUGGGACCAUUCUGCAGAACCUUUCCCAGAGACCGUAUUAAUGGAUCAGAUGAGGUUCCUGGAGAUGCAACAAGACAUGGAGCGCCUUGUUUUGAUCUCCUCUAUCCUACUCAUUGUAUACACUACAACAGGAGAAGCCAUAUCUGGCUUACCUGGACUAAUGGAGAAGCUAAAAAGCACUGUUAAUGUCAUUCUAACUGACAUGCACUCACCGGCUUUUUCUGCACAGGAAGCCUUAGCCUCCAUUGGGGAAAAAAUGUGUGUUGAGCUUAAUGACUGUUUGGGUCAGCAUGGCUAUUCCCCAUUCUCAGCUGACAGAAAGGGAACUUUAAAGGGACAGAUUAGUGCCGCAGUCUUACCAGACAAUGCAGUUCGAAAGCUCAUAGAAUCUCGAGUUCAAAGUUAUCUUCUUGCUUCUCUGGAGUCCACUCUACACCAGACCCAACCUGCACUUCCUGGUGGUUUGGCCCCGAUGAGCAGAGAGCUAAAGGAGCUUGCAGUUCGAUUUAGUCGCCUCGUCAACUUUAACAAGCUAGUGUUCUCUCCAUUUUACCAAAGGAUUAUUCAGAAAAUCCUGAUGCCCAGUGAAUUAACCAGCAUAGAUGUUUAAAUAAAGUGUAGCAUCAAGAAAGGUUGUGCUCAAGUAAGUUAGUGUGUUUCUGGUAAGUUGGAAAAAACGCAAACAAGAUGCGACUUACAGUUUCAUAGUCAUAUACAUAUUCAAGUUUUGGCUUGAAUAUAGAUUCUUAAAGCAAACACAGCUUACUGGCCUCUUUAACUAUUGUAUCAAGUAUUAAGUGACAAAGCAAUAACAUGGGUCAGUGGUUCCCAAACUUUUUGCAGUUGCUGUUAUGCCCCCAGGCCUUCAACUCUUUCUCCCUGUUGUAUCUGUCUCUUAUGUUUUGUGUGUGGUUGAAUUCUGUCUCUGGCCAAAAAAUGUGUCUCACCUGCAGCCACCUCACCUAUUUAACCUCCUAGGACCUGAACUCUUCUCCUUGACCCGAAGGCGCAGGGAUGCAACCCUCUCGUUCACCGGGGUGAACUCCGACAUGUGGCGGCUGAGCUGUGGGGCAACAAGCAAGCCCCCACAAGCUUGCCACCUCUCCCCAUGGGCUAUGCCAAAGAAAUGGAGAGUCCAGCCCCUCUAAGGGAGUUAGAUUCCAGAACCUAAGCUGGGGUAGAGCCGCUGCUCCUCCACGUCAAGAGGAACCAGCUGAGGUGGCAUCUGUUCAGGAUGCCUCCUGGACGCCUCCCUAGGGAGGUUUCCGGGCAUGUCCCACCGGAGGAGGCCCUGGGGAAGACCCAGGACACGCUGGAGAGACUAUGUCUUUCGGCUGGCCUGGGAAUGUCUUGGGGUCCCACCGGAGGAGCUGGAGGACCUGUCUGGGGUGAAGGAAGUCUGGGAGUGCCUGAUUUGACUGCUGCCCUCAUGACCCGCCCCAAAGAAUUAUCUUUUUACAUUAUGAGAAAAAUCAUGUUCACAUAUGAGGACAUUUGUUCUACGUUUUAAUCAUUUUGAUUGAAACAAUAAAGUCACAUUUGAAUAAUCAUUUGCAAAAACUAUUAAGUGCCUGACACAGCAACAUUUUUCCUGAGUGUAAAAACAAAAUGAGAAACAACACUUGUGUCUCUUGGAACAAUGUGGCUUGUUUGAAGUGCUGCUGACAGGAGCAGGAAGACAUAUGCCUUUAACAAAGUCCAUCUUGAAUCUAAACUAUAAUAACAUGAACGCCCUUCGAGACAACUGUUGUUGUGAUUUUGGGCGUUACAAAAAUAAAAUGAAUUGAAUUGAAAAUAUUAUACUCUUCUGUCACCACUAAAUGGGAGUAUAAUGACCUCAUAUGUGGACCCUGUAGAGAACUAGACAACCCAAAAUGUGUUGUCCACAUAUGUGAACACCAGGUCCUA